CAACUACCAAUAAGAUAAUAACUACAUACUCAACCCUUACCAAACAGUUUUGAGUUUGAAGCAGGAAGAGAAGGAUUCCCUUUUAUUCCUUGGUAUUCCUGACAAAAUUCGGGUCCUUUUGCAGAAAGCGUUUUAAUCUGCGCUUUGGUUGCCUGAAAGAAGGUUUUUUACAGGAUGAAGUUUGGGCUCGCACUUUACUUUAUCAGCAUGCUGCUGAUAAUUCAACCUGACGCCAUUCUGAGCUGUGACACAGCAAAUUGGUGGGCAAGUCUUGACAAGAAAGGUUGGUCUGUAUGUCCAAAUGAUCGUACUUUCCUCAAAGGACUCUGGCGAAAUGAUCCAUCGGGGAACAACGGCCUUUGGCUUAUCGAGGAAGGAAAAUGCUGCAGAGCUAAGGAGCCAAGUUAUGCUAAUCAACCGUCAACUUGCACAAACGCAAACUGGUGGAGAACAUUAGACCCAAAACAUGUUUGGGCUCUGUGUCCUGCUGGCUAUUACAUGGAGGGCAUCUAUAUCACCUAUCCAACAAAUAUUUACAACAUCGAAGAGUCCAAGUGCUGUCGUCCACAGAAUCAUCCGAACGCUUAUGAUGACUGUUAUGAUGAGGAUGUUUACCUUUCGUUCGACAAGAAAGGUUGGAGCGAAUGCAAACGGGAUGGCUAUUACAUGACUGGAAUCUACAAAGGCGGCUGUGAGCACCUUUACUGCAUUGAAAAAUUCAAAUGCUGCAGCAUGAAGAAAGUUGCAGUUAAUGGUGGAUGGUCUGAAUUCGGACCUUUUGGAGAAUGCAGCGCCACUUGUGGAGGUGGAAUCAAGGAGCGCUCACGAACCUGUACCAAUCCCCCUCCGUCAGGAGGUGGAGCCCAAUGUUCAGGGUCAGCUAAGGAAACAAUGGUUUGUAAUGUGGAGCCUUGUGCUGUUAAUGGUGGAUGGUCUGAAUUCGGACCUUUUGGAGAAUGCAGCGCCACUUGUGGAGGUGGAAUCAAGGAGCGCUCACGAACCUGUACCAAUCCCCCUCCGUCAGGAGGUGGAGCCCAAUGUUCAGGGUCAGCUAAGGAAACAAUGGUUUGUAAUGUGGAGCCUUGUGAUGUAGAUGGUGGGUGGACCAAUUGGAGUAAGUAUGGUGAAUGUAAAGGCAAGAAGUGUAAUAAGAGAGGCAAAAUGUACAAGUACCGAACCUGCACCAACCCGCCCCCAAGCGGCGAGGGGAAGAGUUGCAAGGGAAAAAGUAGGAAAGGGAAGAGGUGCAGAGUGAAGUGUGACUAAGCUCCAAAAACAGCCUGGAAACAAGGGGGAAUUGUCUGGGAAUCAAAGGACAGCUAGUUACAUUUUGGGGUAUUUGGAGGGUGGAAUAACCAAGGAUCACCAGUAAUGUAGAGUUAAGAGUCCACACAGGAGCUUAUCAUUUUUUAUGUGUAAUAUUGGUGCUGGUUAAAUAAAGCUAUGAAAAUGUCCA